GCACCUCUUUAUGUUGUAAACCACGGUGAGACAGGACCAAUCCGAUGCAACAGGUGCAAAGCUUAUAUGUGUCCCUUCAUGCAGUUUAUUGAAGGUGGAAGAAGAUUCCAGUGUGGAUUUUGCAGUUGUGUAAAUGAUGUCCCUCCAUUCUUCUUUCAACAUCUGGACCACAUUGGCCGACGGGUAGAUCACUAUGAAAGGCCUGAGCUCUCUCUGGGAUCUUAUGAAUAUGUUGCUACGUUGGAUUAUUGCCGAAACAACAAGCCUCCAAAUCCACCAGCUUAUAUCUUCAUGAUAGAUGUAUCGUACAGAAACAUAAACAGUGGCCUAGUCAAACUCAUAUGUGAUGAACUGAAGACUCUGCUAGAUAAGCUUCCAAGAGAAGAGCAAGAAGAAUCCUCAGCAAUUCGAGUUGGUUUUGUCACUUACAACAAGGUCCUCCACUUCUUUAAUGUAAAAAGCAGCUUAGCUCAGCCCCAGAUGAUGGUGGUCUCAGAUGUUGGAGAAGUUUUUGUUCCUUUGCUGGAUGGUUUCCUUGUUAACUUUCAGGAAUCACGAUCUGUUGUUAUCAACUUGUUGGACCAGAUUCCAGAGAUGUUUGCAGACACUAAUGAGAGUGAGACCAUCUUUGCUCCUGUUAUCCAGGCUGGCCUGGAGGCACUGAAGGCUGCAGAAUGUGCUGGAAAAUUGUUUAUCUUCCAUUCUUCAUUGCCAACUGCGGAAGCACCGGGGAAGCUGAGAAACAGAGAUGACAAAAAGCUACUCAAUACAGAUAAAGAAAAGACACUCUUCCAGCCCCAGGUAAAUUCUUAUGAGGCCUUAGCCAGGGAUUGUGUGGCUAACGGCUGCUGCGUGAAUUUGUUCCUCUUCCCAAAUCAGUACAUGGAUGUAGCCUCUAUGGGUCUCGUCACAAUGUACACAGGAGGAACGCUGUACAAGUACAACAAUUUCCAGCUCGAUUCUGACAGCCCCCAGUUCUUAAGUGACCUCAGGAGAGACAUAGAAAAAAAGACCGGAUUUGAUGCAAUAAUGAGGGUUCGGACAAGUACAGGCUUCAGGGCUACGGACUUCUUUGGUGCUAUUUACAUGAACAACACCACAGAUGUAGAGAUGGCAGCAGUUGACUGUGACAAGGCAGUGACAGUGGAGUUCAAACAUGAUGACAAACUGAAUGAAGACAGUGGAGCCUUAAUUCAGUGUGCUGUUCUUUACACAUCAAUAAGCGGGCAAAGAAGACUUCGCAUACACAACAUAGGUUUAAAUUGUAGCUCCCAGUUAGCUGAUAUCUACAAGGCUUGUGAGACUGAUGCACUUACCAACUUCUUUGCUAAGUCAGCUUUUAAAGCCAUUCUAAGCCAACCACUGAAGACUGUCAGAGAGAUCUUGCUGAAUCAGAAAGCUCAUCUGAAUCAGACAGCUCACAUGCUGGCAUGCUACAGGAAGAACUGUGCCAGCCCAUCAGCAGUAAGCCAGCUCAUCCUUCCAGACUCAAUGAAGGUGCUGCCCGUGUACAUGAACUGUCUGCUGAAGAGCUGCGUGCUUGUUGGCAGACCAGAAAUUCCAACUGAUGAGAGAGCAUACCACCGGCAGCUGGUCAUGGCCAUGGGGGUAGCUGACACACAGUUGUUCUUCUAUCCACGGCUUCUGCCAAUCCACAGCCUGGACCCGAGGACUGACACUGUCCCAGCUGCAGUCCGCUGCUCGGAGGAACGGCUCUCAGAAGGAGGGGCCUUCAUUCUGACCAACGGUCUGAGUAUGUUCCUAUGGCUGGGAGUCAGUGCGCCCCCAGAGCUCAUCCAAGGGUUGUUCAAUGUGCCAUCCUUUGCACACAUCAGCACGGAGGCUACAUUACUGCCUGACCUGGACAAUCCGUUUUCUAAGAAACUUAAGUCAAUACUGGAGCAUAUCCAGAGCCAAAAACCCUACACUAUGAAGCUGAUUAUAGUGAAACAACGGGAGCAGCCAGAGAUGCUUUUCCGACAGCUCCUGGUGGAAGACAAGAGUAUUUAUGGAGGAGCUUCUUACGUGGAUUUCCUGUGCUGUGUUCACAAAGAAAUCUGCCAGCUGCUCAGUUAA